GUAUCAGUUCAAAGGCUGUUCUCACCACACCUGAAAAACCACCUCAACCAUGGGCAAGAUCAUCUUCUACGAGGACAGGAACUUCCAGGGUCGCUCCUAUGAGUGCAUGAGCGACUGCUCCGACAUGUCCUCCUACCUGAGCAGGUGCAACUCCUGCAGGGUGGAGAGUGGCUGCUUCAUGGUCUACGACCGUCCCAGCUUCAUGGGAAACCAGUACUUCAUGAGGAGGGGCGAGUACUCCGAUUACAUGAGCAUGCUUGGGAUGAGCGGCGGCAUCAGGUCUUGCCGCAAUAUCCCCAUGCACAGAGGCCAGUUCAGGAUGAAGAUCUUCGAGAGGGAGAACUUCCAGGGACAGAGUCAUGAGCUGAUGGACGACUGCGACAACAUCAUGGAGCGUUACCGCAUGAACGACUGCAUGUCCUCCCAAGUGAUGGACGGCCACUGGCUUUUGCAUGAGCAGCCCAACUUCAGAGGCAGGAUGAUGUACCUGAGGCCCGGAGAGCACAGGAGCUUCAGGGAGAUGGGAAUGGGAAACAUGAGGUUCAUGAGCAUGAAGCGCAUCAUGGACAUGUGUUAAAUGUACAUUUUGGCAUCGAUAAAUGAUAUAACUUUCUAAAUAAUGGUCUUUUGUUAUUCCCCUUUAUUUCCUUGACCUUUUUAGAAAAGCUCUUUUAUACUCAAGACAAACACAUUUAACAGAAGGUUUAAUAAAAUAUAUGUAAAAUUGAAA